AUGCGACACAUUCCGCUGGUGGAUUUUCGUGAAGCAGGAUUAUCUGAAUCUGGGGUAGAAAUAGAAUAUCAGUUAUUUGGUUUUUGUUCAGAUUGGUUGGCUAGUUAUGAAAUGAAAGCUCUUGCUGGCAGUGAUAUACACAUAAUAUUGACACCGUUAUGCGACAAUCAAUCGAUCAAACUACCCAUUGACUGUAAAAACUAUGUUAGAAGAUCAACAAAAAUGGUGUUAGAUAUAACAUCUCUUACAUUCAAUAAACCAUUUGAAAUUUAA